UUGCUCUUGGUUGAAUCUCCUGACACAUUACAGGUCCCGCCUUAUCUCCGGCAGAGGACAGGAUAAAGAUGGCGACGUCCCUGAGAUGCUUUCUCCGCUCAGGAAAGAAUGCCGUGUUGGUUCUGGGACGGCGGACUUUUCACAGGAGCUCUCCGGCUGCCGUGCAGGUGACGGUCCGUGAUGCCCUGAAUCAGGCGAUGGAUGAGGAGCUGGAGAGGGAUGAGCGGGUGUUCCUCAUGGGGGAGGAGGUGGCUCAGUAUGACGGAGCCUACAAGGUGAGCAGGGGUCUGUGGAAGAAGUAUGGAGACAAACGCAUUAUCGACACUCCGAUCUCAGAGAUGGGAUUCGCUGGCAUCGCGGUGGGAUCUGCCAUGGCUGGCCUGAGACCCAUCUGUGAGUUCAUGACCUUUAACUUCUCCAUGCAAGCCAUUGACCAGGUCAUCAACUCCGCAGCUAAAACCUACUACAUGUCUGCCGGACUGCAGUCGGUCCCCAUCGUCUUCAGAGGGCCCAACGGAGCCUCAGCAGGCGUCGCUGCACAGCACUCGCAGUGCUUCGCUGCAUGGUAUGCUCACUGUCCCGGUCUGAAGGUUGUGAGUCCCUGGAACUCAGAAGAUGCCAGAGGUCUCCUGAAAGCUGCCAUCAGAGACGAUAACCCUGUUGUUUUCCUGGAGAACGAGUUGAUGUACGGCGUUCCCUUUGAGAUGUCAGAGGAGGCACAGUCCAAAGACUUCACCAUUCCCAUCGGCAAGGCCAAGAUUGAGAGACAAGGAAGCCACGUCACUGUGGUUUCUCACUCUCGGCUUGUUGGCCACUGCUUGGACGCCGCCGCCGUCCUCGCCAAAGAGGGAAUCGAGUGCGAGGUGAUCAACCUUCGGACCAUCCGGCCCAUGGAUGUAGAGAGCAUCGAAGCCAGUGUGAUGAAGACCAACCACCUGGUGACGGUCGAAGGCGGCUGGCCUCAGUUUGGAGUUGGAGCCGAGAUCUGCGCCAGAGUCAUGGAAGGUCCUGCAUUCAACUACCUGGAUGCUCCGGUUACCAGGGUAACAGGCGUGGACAUCCCCAUGCCGUAUGCAAAAAUCCUGGAGGAACACAGUCUUCCUCAAGUCAAAGACAUCAUCUUCUCUAUCAAGAAAACCCUCAACGUCUGAGACGCUUACACAGAUGGUGGUGACGCGAUCUCCUAAAUAUGAUUCAAGUGUAAAUAAAACCCAAGCAUGGGGAAGGGAAUUGGGGUUAGGAAACCCAACUGAACUCUGUCCACAUCUGUUUUCACGUUGUCCCCUUCAAAAUAAAAUCUGCUCUGUCCUGUAGGCUGCACUCUGCUGAUGUGGAAAGUUCAUUGAUGACCAAACUGCUGAGAGGGCACAUCUGGAUCAUCUGUACAGCAGAGGUGUUUGUUAAAGAUUCAUCUAAAUUUCUCUGCUUCUACAGAUCUGAAAGCUGUUUGCUCUCAUCAAAUGUUUUAAUUAGAUUUACUUAAGACUUGUCAGAUGUUCCUGGUCUGAACAAAUAAACUUUAAGUGUAAUUUAAAUCUUUUUAUUUUUAAACUUUAGUUCUGCAGAUAAAUUUGAAUGAACUCUGUAGUUUUGCCAUCAACACACUCUCACUUCAGUCUAACCCCUACAACACAUCACAUUCAGAUUUUUAUCCUACAUCCUCUCCAGAACGGGUUUUAAAGCAGCGAUGAAGAUUGAUCUGGCUGAAAGCUGGUUUAUGGGUAAUAUUUAUUGUAGCGACAGCAGCUCUGUGGAUGUUUUUGUCGCUAUAAAUGACUCUGUUACAGAAAUAAAAACCUGUCAGUCA